UAGAUGUCAUAGCUAGGAGAGAGUUGGACCUCGGAUCCAUUCAGUUUUAUUCCAUGUGCCUUUACACAUCGACGGUUAGUGAUAUGGAUACCAUCCACAUGCACAGCUGUAAAUAGAUCCAAUGCAUGAUCGAGUUACGUACUAGUACGUCUCAUCCACUGCUGCAACCUGUGGCGCAAAGACGAACGAAUGGAGCUUUCAGGUGCUUGCUUGCUGCACCUGCCUGAACGUCUGAACCGCUCAUCAAAUUCCCAAGCACGAGAGGAGUUCCUCCGAUCCAUGGGCGCUGGCACCUGUCGUCGUCUGCCGUCCAGUUCCCAUGGACCAUGCCAGUUGCCACCAUGUGGAAGGAGAAGGAGAAGAAGUUAUUAGGAGCUUCAGGAACACACGUGGUCAGUCGACGAGCCACACCAGAACACAAUAAACAAGCUAUCAUCAUCUUGCACGGAUUAGCACAAAACAAAUCGGAACGAGAUCAGGAAUGGCAGGGAAUGAUCAAUGAUGAUGGAGCUAGCGAGUGAGCAAAUCUGUUCAGUAGCUGAUUUAUUCGGAGCAGGGGAGGACCUCCUGAGCUGCCACUUGUCCUUCUCCAAUCCUCCACCCCCAUUUUUUUCCUGCCAAAUUCCACACGACCACGAGCACGAAGCAAAACUCACUCCUCCCUCUCUUUCUCUCUCAAGUCUGAACCCACACCGAUCGACCGGCCAAGAACCAACAAGAUCAGAGGCAGAGCAGGCAGUACCCUCCCAUGGCGUCCCUGCACAGGCUCCACAAGUGCAGGCGCAAUGCCGCGGCCACCAUCGUCGCCACCGCCGCCUUCCUAGCGCUCCUCCUCAUCCUCUCCGUCGUCAUCUUCGCCACCACCCGGCGCGGCGACCACGACCACCCAAUCGUCGUCGGCACGUUCAUCUUCUCCGCCGCUCAUCCCACCACGACCGCCGCCUCUGCCGCGGCGGCGGCGAGCUCUACAAGGACCACAGACCGGACCUGCGAGGCGGAGCUGCGGUCGUUGCCGGACGCAGCGGCGCGGUGCGGUUACCUCUCCUGGCCGUCGCACCGUCCCUGCGCGCCGCGCGGGUACGUGCACUACCUGCGCGUAUUCUACUGCUUCUUCGGCGGCGCGCCGUGGCUAGGCGCCGCCGCGCUGGGGCUCUGGCUGCUCCUCCUCUUCUACCUCCUCGGCGACACCGCGUCGCGCUACUUCUGCGCCGCGCUCGAGGGCCUCUCCGCCGCGCUCCGCCUGCCCCCCGCCAUCGCGGGCGUCACGCUCCUCUCGCUCGGCAACGGCGCGCCCGACGUGCUCUCCAGCGUCGUCGCCUUCGCGUCGGCCGCCGGCGGCGGUGGGGACGGCGAUGGCGAUGGCGAUGCGGGGGACGUCGGGCUCAGCAGCGUCCUUGGUGGCGCGCUGUUCGUGUCCACCGUCGUGGCUGGUGUCGUCGCCAUCGUCGCGGGGGGGCGAGGCUCCGUCCAGAUCGAGCGGCCUGGGUUUCUUCGCGACGUCUGCUUCCUCCUCGUCGCGCUCUGCUACCUCCUCGCCGUCCUGCUCACCGGCACCGUCACCGUCUGGGCCGCCGCGUCGUUCCUCUCCCUCUACGCCGCCUACGUCCUCCUCGUCUGGACCUCCCACUGCUGCGCGCCCGGUGACGACGCCGCCGACCCGGAGGACGACGGCAAGACGAAGCCCGUCGUCGACGCGGGUCCCGAUCUCGCCGCCCCUCUCCUCCUCGACGUCGACGAAGACGGCGAGGCACCUCCGCCGGUGCUCCCCAUCUCGUCAUCCAAGCACGGCGAUGCUGCCACCGUGGCGAGCAGGAGCCUCGCGCGCCGCGCCCUCGACGCGCUGCAGUGGCCGCUGUACCUGCCGCGUCGCCUGACGAUCCCGGACAUCGCGGCGCACCGGUGGUCCAAGCGGUACGCGGUGGCGUCCGCACUCCUCGCGCCGGUGCUCCUGGCGGCGAUCUCGUCCCCGUCGAGCCCCGGCGUGGUCCUGUCGGGCGCGGUGGCGGGAUCCAUCCUGGCGGCGGCGGCGUUCCGCGGCACGUCGUCGUCGUCCCCGCCGGCGGGGCGGUGCCGUCGCCUCCCGUGGCUUGCCGGCGGGUUCCUGAUGUCGGUGCUGUGGUCGUACAUGCUGGCGCGGGAGCUGGUGGCGCUGCUGGUGUCCAUCGGGCUCGUCGCCGGCGUGCGGGCGAGCGUGCUGGGCGCGACGGUGCUGGCGUGGGGGAACUCGCUGGGGGACCUGGUGGCGGACGUGGCCAUGGCCAUGCACGGCGGGCCGGGGGGGGCCCAGACGGCCGUGUCGGGCUGCUACGCGGGCCCGGCGUUCAACACGGUGGUGGGCCUGGGCCUGUCGCUGACGCUGGCGGCUGGGGCCCGCUUCCCGCGGCCGUACGCGAUCCCGGCGGACGCGUCGGCGUACCAGGCGGCCGGAUUCCUUGCGGCCGGGCUGGUGUGGGCGCUCGUGGUGCUCCCCGCGCGAGGCAUGCGGCUCGACAGGGUGCUUGGGGUCGGCUUGCUCGUCGUCUACCUCGGAUUCCUUGGAGUUAGGCUUGGCUCCUUGUCUCUCGGAGGACCAAUCGGCGGCUCAUGAUGAUCCAUCCUUUUUUUUUUGUGAGAUUAUUGGGUGGUGGUGAUGGAUCAUGGAUGGUCAGGGUUAAUUGGAAUGUCAAUUCUUGUGUAGAGAUAACUACAUGCAUAGUUUCUAUACAUGUGAAGACACGUACACCCCUAGCUCUGUGAAACCAAAUGUACAUAGCAUAUUCGUGUUCAGAAGAACUAUUUCAGCUAGAUUCCUAGAAUGGUGCCUGUCCACCCAGUUUCAGAGUCUGACGACUCACAAUGCAUGUGUGUGUGUUUGGCUAAUUAUGCUUGAUUAUGGUAA